UGAAGCUGAAGCAACGGCCCAGGAGUUUCUUGCUUGACUAGAAAAUUCGCAAGGUGUAGCCGAGCUUGAAAGCAUUCCGCGUCGUACGAAGCAUGGCGAAGCACGAGGCAAGAAGACAAAUCCUGGUAUUCAUUCUAACAAGUAUCGUGGCAGGAUUAAAUGCACAGCUACAACUGCCCGAAUGCGAAAAACCAUGCCCGUUUGUGCUACGACAGGUCUGUGGCAGCAACGGACUCACCUACAAUAACGAGUGCCUUCUGGAGAUCGCCAUGUGCAGAGAUCCAACGCUGUUCAAGGAGUACGACGGGGAAUGUGGAGACAUAAACAACUGCGAUAGACCUUGCCCCUUCGUGUUACGGCCAGUUUGUGGCAGCGACGGAAUCACCUACGACAACGACUGCCUUCUGGACAACGCCAUUUGCCAAGACCCAACACUCUUCAAGGAGCAUAAUGGGGAAUGCGACAACUGCGACCGACCUUGCCCCCUCGUCUUCCAACCGGUCUGCGGCAGCGACGGAAUCACCUACGAGAGCGACUGCCUUCUGGACAUCGCCAUUUGCCGAGACCCAAGGCUCUUCAAGGAGCAUAAUGGGGGAUGCGACUGCGACAGACCUUGUCCCUUCGUGUUCCGACCUGUCUGCAGCAGCGACGGAAUCACCUACAACAACGACUGCCUUCUGGACAACGCCAUUUGCCAAGACCCAACACUCUUCAAGGAGCAUAAUGGGGAAUGCGGUGACAUCGACCUCGACUUCCCCCUCCCCUUCGACCACGACCUCAACCUCGCCCUCGAGUGCCCCCUGCUUGACGCCCCAGUCUGCGGGAGCGACGGCGUGACCUACCCCAGCGAGUGCUUCUUGGAACUGGCCGUUGCGCAGAAUCCCGAGAUAUUUAAGGUCGGCGAUGGCGAUUGCAGAUGCUACGAGGAGUGCGACCCCCAGCUGAGUCCCAUCUGCGGCACUGACGGAGUGACUUACGGGAACCAGUGCCUUUUCGAGUCCGCUCAGUGCCAUGACAGUGACCUUCGCAAAGUGGCCGACGUGUCCUGUGGUUCGUAGUGGCCCUUUUCUGUG